AAGAAUCUACAUGUGAAAAUCGAUGCAGUGGAAUCGAUUCUCACGUGAUUGCAUAUUGCUGUGUGAGCGCGCGGCAAGUCGAUUGCUUCCCUAUCUUUGAUCACAAUUAUUUAUCCGCAACAACAGUCGCGAUUUACUAUACACUCGGCUCGUUAAGACGAUGGAGUCUGUCUUGGAGAAGCACUUGGACGACACGAUGAAGAGUCCCGGUGUGAUGGGUGUGCUGUGUACAGACAGCCAUGGCCUAAAUCUAGGAAGUCGAGGCACCCUCACAGAGAAGCACGCUGGCGUGGUGUCUGUGUUGGCGGCUCAGGCCACUCAGCUGUCACCCGACCCCAUGGAUGUACCCGUGGUUUGUCUGGAGUCGGACAAUGGGAACAUCUUGAUCAUGAAGCACAGUGACAUUACAGUGGCGAUGCACAAAGUGUCCUCGUAAGAAGCCAAAAGUGACCUUUGUUUCGGAGAGCAGAACGUGGCAACGUAAAUGAAUUACUCGCUUCAGUUUCUUCUCAUGAAUUUCAAUAUACGAUUAUCGCAUGACAUGCUGUUGGAAGAUUAUAAUGCGCGGUGUGCGAUGCUCGUAGCAAGCAUUUAUAAAAUUAAAAGAGUGGCAAUAGUCUCGUGUACAUAAGGAACCAAGGUUGUGCUUUUCUUUGUAAAAAUUUUUUGUCAAUUUGUUGCAAUGCGCUGGUGUUAUAUACAAUUUUCACAUGGCUGGCUGUAAAGUAUUAAAAGAUAGGUGUCAUACUAUAUUAGAAAGUUUGCUGGCUGGAUUCGUGUCUGGAUUCCUCGCUGCGUGAUAACGUUGCCUGCAUCCCACAGCGUUAAACCGGAUUCGUCCGUGCUCAUCGAGCUCCACCAUUUGUGCUAAAUAUGCUACGGUCGUACUAUAGUAGAAAAAAAGUUUUGCUGGCUGGCUGUAGGGAUAAGCAGGUCCAAAGAAUAUGCUGGGCCGCUAGUGUAUAGUAAAACACAACGGUGAGCGUUUGUUGAUGAUUUAAUUACACUUGGAGUUUAGUGCACGCGUUUCCCAUUACUCUUCAGUUUGUAAGGCAUAGUGAACACAUUGUAUUCAAAGGGGUUUCCUGCAGCUUGUAGGUAUUUUAACGAUGCCUGUCCAUUUAAUUAAAUUACAUCUUCACCAA